GGAUCCUCUCCCUUACCCGGCUGCUCUGAGACCUGUGCGCCCUGCUCGGCCAUGGAGCCAGCCCCCGACGCCGAGGAGGCGCACUCUGUGCGCGAGGCGCUGGGCCGCUAUGAGGCGGCGCUGGAGGGCGCGGUGCGCGCGCUGCACGAGGACAUGCAGGGGCUGCAGCGCGGCGUGGAGCGGCGCGUGGCCGAGGCACUGCGUCUGGCCGGCCCGUUGGCGCGCACCGUGGCCGAGCUGCAGCGCGACAACCAGCGGCUGCAGGCGCAGCUCGAGCGCUUGACGCGCCAGGUGGAGGCGCUCGGCUUGGCGAGCGGACUGCCCCCCGCGCCUGGCACGGCCAGCCCUCCUCCUGCGCCCGGGGUUCCGGACCGCGCGCCCCGCCUGGGCACCGCACGCUUCGCCAGCCACGCCACCUUCUCGCUGUCGGGCCGCGGCCAGAGUGUGGAUCAUGACGAAGCCAGUGAGUUGGAGAUGAGAAGGACCUCAAACUCAUGUGUCAUCGAGAAUGGGCACCAGCCGGGGGCAGGUCCAGGUGACGGACCCCCUGAGGUUGCCCAAACCUUCUUGGCACCGGAGCCCCCCAAGCCUCGCCCUGUGAGCCUCUCCUUGCGGCUUCCCCACCAGCCGGUCACAGCCGUCACCCGAGUCUCUGAGAGGUUCUCUGGGGAGACCUCGGCUUCCGCUCUAUCGCCCACAUCUGCUGCCAUCCUGGGGGGCCUCACCCCAAGCCCCAGUGAGGCCCCCACAUCCUGGACUCCCAGUCCCAGUGAGAAGAAUCCCCCUUUCACUCGGUCUUUGUCAAGCUCUGGCUUUGGGGCGGUGGCAGCAAGCAAACACAGUGACAGCCCACCGCUGGUGACGCCACCCCAGUCGCCCGCGUCCCCGCAGCCACCAGCCACGACUCAGGUCCAUCGCCCGGGGGAGCGACGCAGGGAGCUGGUGAGGUCGCAGACGCUGCCCCGCACCUCAGGGGCGCAGGCCCGGAAGGCGCUGUUUGAGAAGUGGGAGCAGGAUACGGGGGGCAAGGGAAGAGGGGAGGCCCGGGCCAAGCUGAAGCGCUCACAGAGCUUUGGCGUGGCCAGCGCCAGCAGCAUCAAGCAGAUCCUGCUCGAGUGGUGCCGGAGCAAGACCCUGGGCUACCAGCACGUGGACCUGCAGAACUUCUCCUCCAGCUGGAGCGACGGCAUGGCCUUCUGUGCCCUGGUGCACUCCUUUUUCCCUGACGCCUUCGACUAUAACAGCCUGAGCCCCACGCAGCGGCAGAAGAACUUUGAGCUGGCCUUCACCAUGGCCGAGAAUCUGGCGAGCUGUGAGCGCCUGAUCGAAGUGGAGGAUAUGAUGGUGAUGGGCCGCAAGCCGGACCCCAUGUGCGUCUUCACCUACGUGCAGUCGCUGUACAACCACCUGCGUCGCUUUGAGUGAGGCCCUCGGCCGACAGAGCCAAAGAGCAACCCCAGGGAGAGACUGCGGGCCGCCGCGGGGCUGCCCGGGUUCCCCAGUCCGGAUGACCCGGAGCAGAGCUGCCUUUCUUGCGGUGUGAGCGAGCUGUUU